AUGCGUCGUAAGUACACAAAAUAUUUAUAUAUUGCCGGCGUAUUGUUGGUAAUUGGUAACUUACUGGGAUCAUGCGUGGUUUUCCUUCAAGUCAACGACACGACACAUUUCUAUUUAGUUAAUCCAAUGUCAUACAUAAUAUCCCAGAAGGACACACUAUGUUAUAAAAAACGUACAGAGAAUACCGCUGAUAUCGAUGGAACAGGUUUCUUCCAGCGACCGACCAUUUUUUUUCAUUCAACAUACUGUGAUAAAAUACUGGACGAUAGUACAGCAUGUGCAAUAGAAUCAGCGGCCAGAUUGCACCCACAGACACAUAUUAAUCUUUUAUACACUAGUCCAGUAGAACUAAAGACUUGGAACCAUCUUUUGAGUAUUUUGGUGAAGCUACCAAAUUUCCAUAUGACUGGUAUACAUGUUGAGAGCUACGCUGACGGUACGGAAUUCGAAAAGUUCUGGAAAAGUGUAGUGGUUUAUAACAAGGUAGUAGAUUAUAAACUCGUCGCAGAAUACAUUAAAUUUCUAACUCUACAUAAGUUUGGUGGAACAGUGCUUGAUAAAGAUGUCAUUGUUAACAAAUGUUUGGAUGAGUUGGGUGAAAAUUGGGUGAUUAGAGAGGGAGAAAGUAUGCUUGGUACGGACGCUAUAGCUAUGUCGAGAAGUGAUUUUAAUCGUAAUUUCACUGCAAUGGUUUUAAGGUCAUUCAGCCAACAAAUUAUGAAAGGAAAUAUAAAUGUGAGUGUUGCGAUAACUAACUCGUUUAAAAAUCUAUGUCCUGGAACAGAUUUCACAGAAACGUAUACAAGAUGUCAUGGUUACGACAUAUAUGACGGUAAACAGUUUCACCCAAUAGAUCACAGCGAAAGGCAACAAUUUCUUCAGUCCGGAAGUUACAAUAAAAAGGCGCAUGCACAUCGUCUUUGGGACGUAGAAGUCCCGGGAAAGAUGAUACCUUAUAAAACCUUAUACGCUGAGAUAGCACAGACAUUUUGUCCAUGGGUUUUUUCUAAAUUAAAUAAUGAGUAUUGA